ACCAUCACCGAGCCUCAUUACCAUGCGAAAGAAACAAAACGAAAUGGAAUAAUCAAUGACGCAUUACUUUGCCUCGAAAUCUAAGCAUUAAUUUACUCAUAAACUGACUUUAUGUAAGCAAGACGCUUUUAGCGACGCUGAGAUGGUUACCAUGAAAACGCUGUCAUUUUAAACUCUUAUUCAUUUUCGUUAUUGGAAACCUCGUCCCAUUCGUCUUUGAAACAAGCAGAAUAGGAAUUAUCAAUUACAAUUAGCUUGUUUCCUGGAUACAAGCUUGACAUUGAGGAGUAGUGGACUCUAAAUCACUCACCGUCAUAUCGUGGUAAGAAUUCCGUAACAUUAUCCACACAUCAACGAAACAGAUCCAAUUUUCGUCUUCAAAAAUGCCGAUAUUUGUGAAUAUCAAAACAUUGUUUCCGUUUUUCCUCCUUUUGCGCGGCUCACUCGAACACAGGAUAGUGGACACUUUCGGGUCGAAAUAUUUCCAGCUACCAGGCUGCCUUGUGGACAAAGCAAGACCCGCAACAAGUAGUCAUAAAUACCGAGUUGACAGCGAUUUGGAGUGCGCCAGGAAAUGUCUCUGGCUGUUUGAGGACACUUGUCGCUGGAUGAACUAUAUCGAGCCAGAGAAAGUAACCGGUGAGAACUGUGAGUUAGGGAAGACUCCGGCCAAUGCGGUCUGCUCUGACUUGGUUGACCGGCCAGGGUACCACUACUAUGAAAAGGGUGACUUCUGUCUGAACCAAAGCAAGUUCGUCCAGUCUACACUGCAAUGCACCUGUGUACCAGGCUGGACUGGGCAGAGGUGCAACUAUAGGGCUUUCGAUUGCUCCGACCACUACUACGUGCACCUAUGGCCCUACGGUCGUGCCAUUUUGGAUAUUAAGGCUAGGUACUCGACCAACAGCUAUAAGGUCCACUGCGAUCUAAGUUCCUAUAUUAUAGGCGGGGCAUCGGGUCACACAUGUUUUCAGCGCCAGGGUUACUCCAGUGGAAUGAACUUCGACCGCAACUGGGCUGAUUAUAAGAGUGGUUUUGGCAAUAAGGCGACUGACUUUUGGUUGGGGAAUGACAUAAUCUCUGAAUUAACUGCCAAGAAUUCACGGAAAUACCGGCUUCUUGUCUGGCUGCAGGGCCAUAACAGCAGCUACUCGGUGUCUACAAGCUAUGACGAUUUCCUCGUGAAGGACGAAUCCGAGAAUUAUAAAGUGACCUUGACCCCAAGUACCAAAAAUAAAGUAACGUGGCAUGGGGAUGCCAUCAUGCCCGGGGAUCCUACCCUCGAUAUGAACAAGAAACCUUUCUCUACGUAUGACAAAGAUAAUGAUGGUGGACCUGAGAACUGUGCUUCGACUCGGAAGGCUGGAUGGUGGUAUGGUUCAGGCUGCACCGACGCCAACCUCAACGCGAAGUACUACAACGCCACAAACUGGCAGGCGUCGUUCUGGCCCCAGUUAUCGUGGGGAAUGAUGACUAACGCGAGCGAUGGUAUUAAGUACUCCACUCUAUGUCUUCAGCCGUACGACUUCACCCCUAAGAAUUUGCUGCUGGUUGUGUAUUAAAGAAGUCUUCGAAAGGGACAGGAACGAUAUCGACUGCAAGUCAUCUGCAAGGCAAACUGCUGGACUAUUCGACAGGAUUGGUAUUACAGCCACCAGGCCACGGCAGUGAAAAAUUAGGCUGAGCAUUCUGGUUAGGACUUUGUCCUCAAAACACCAGUUUGUGAUAAGUGGACAUUAUUAUCCAACACUCUACGCAACUCAGUCCUGGCCUGCGAGGGAAGAUGUGUUUCUAUCGUGGAUAUAUUUUGUGGUGCGCUCCGCUGAUCUCUUUUUGAAGGAACAGAAAGUAGUUGGU